AUGUCAAGGCAUCAAAGUGAUAGUUUUAUGGAUUAUGGUAUUAAUCCUGUUACAGCACAGUACAUUUUAUUUACAUCAUUACAAAAACUUGAUCAAGCUAAACGUUCUCGUGGUGGAAUUAGACUUCGUCAUGGUCUGAUGAUUGCUGUAACCGCUUUGAAAGCUAAACAACUUUUAUGGGGUCAAAGUCAACCUAUUCAUGAAAAUCAAUACUUGUCAAAAGAUAAUACAUUGAAAACUAGCACACACCAUGAAGACUAUAAUUCUGUUCAGAUGGAAUGUAAUGUUGUUUAUAAUCAACCAGUUACAAAUCAAGAAUUCAAUAAUUUCACUUACCUUCAUGACCCAAAUGGACCAUUUUUUCCUCCACCAGUAGAUGAAAUGAUGGAAAUUGAUAAUACAGAAAUAACAAAUAGUCCAUCGAAACGAUUACGUAUUGAAUAUCCAUUCCCAUCGUCUACACCACCAUCAGCACCAGUAUCAUCGCCACCAUGCUACAAUGAAUCCUCAUAUCUAGUCAGUAUUAAAUAA